AACAUCUCUUGGUAUGCCAAUUCCAAGCAGGUCGAGAGGCACGUUGUAGACCUUGGCUUAUUGAGCACUGACAUAAGCGAUGGUCAAAGGUGACAAUGUGACUUUGAGGCUUGGUUUCGUCAAGAUUGGAAGGGUGAAGCCGGGACACAUGGCAGUGACCUCGAUGCUGACCUUUAUCAUAUAAAGUCUGGUAAUGGUCCACUAUUAUAUUCAUCAUCAGUCUUAUCCCACUUCAACACCACGGUCUCCAUAACUCAACCAUCAUCAUGCUCUUCAAAUCGUUAGCUGCCCUUGCAGCCAUCUUGCCCUCUACCUUUGCUUGUCCCCACGAAUCUCACCUGCGCAAAAGACAAGCGGCAAAUGAGACCAUUGAGAACCCUGAGUGGGCCUAUGAGGCAUCAUACAACUGGGGAAAGCUUGAUCCAAUGUACCAGCUCUGUCAGACAGGUACACAGCAGUCACCCAUCGCACUGUCGCUGAACAAUGGUCUCUCUCUUAAUCACAUUCCAACCUUCCACAACUACACUGGCAACACCACUGGCAUGUACAGGAACUGGGGAUUCGGACCAGGAUUCGCUCUUAGCCGCGAUGAUAUAACUGCCAAUCCCUCGUUUACUUACGACAACGAGACUGUUUAUCUCCUCGGCUGGCACAUCCAUGCACCAGCAGAUCACUCAGUUGGCGGUGACCGCAGCAAGGCCGAGAUGCACUUCGUCCAUGGCGACGCAGAUGGCCAUGAGAAAGCUGUCCUUGCCUUCCGUCUCGAUCCUGGUAACAGUGAUGCUUCUUUCUUCACUCAGCUUCCUCCUAUGAUCGGCUUCAACGAGACUGGCCCCGAGUACGAACAGCAGAUUGAGAUGAAUCUCGAUUACGCAUUGCAAUCCGUAUUGCACUUCAACGAGUUCUGGUUCUAUAGAGGCUCCCUUACCAGCCCGCCUUGUCACGAGGGCAUCCAUUGGUUCGUAGCCAGGCAGAUUCUCUUCACCGGUGUUGAACAAAUGCAAGCUAUCUUGGGUGCUAGCACCUACUCUGCCCGAGCGGAGCAGGAAGUCUGGCAGCACAGAAUCAACGAGUAGAGAGAGAGAGAGAGAGCAGUGAUGUCAAGUUUUCAAUGCUAGGUUUAUAGAAGCAUUGAAUUUAUAUAGAAGAGUCCUAAAAUGCUUUUACAUUCGACAUCUCUGCUAUGUCAAUCUCCCUCACUAUGUGCUAAACUCUGUACAUGCCACCCUCCUACACGAUGAUACCGGAUGACAAUGGGCUGUGGAGAGGCGUGGUCAUGCUUUCGACUGGGUGGUUUAGCGAAGAGAGUCAGUCAGACGAUGUGUCUCCCCGAUCGACAUUGCUGUACGCAGUGGCAUCACGCUCACAUGCCUUGCGUCUGGAAUUCGUUACUGGGCAAGUAUUCAACUCCUCAUGU